UUCACAGGUGCUCCCAGGCAGCUCCAGGGCUGUGUUGUCCCGUGCACUGUGCUUCAUUAGUAAUCCUGGCUACUUGUGCGAAGCCCUUGCCCUGCCGGGAUGGCGAGGGGCGGUGGAGCAGAAGGGAACGGGCUUUGUCCCCCCGCCCAGCCCGGGGGCGGUGCGGCACGGCCGGAGAUCCCAACGCUGCCACCAGCGCAGCCCUCGCUCCUCAUCCAGCAUCCAGGGGGUGCGGGGCAGAGCCGUCCCUCGGCGCUCGCAGGCUCCCGGUGCCAUGCGGGGCCUGCUGCUCUGGGGGGGCUGGCUGCUGGCCACCAGCUGCCUGGUGGGUGCCACGGGCAGCUGCCGGCACCGCUGCUGCCCGGGCAGGAACAACGCGUGCUGGGCCCCCGGAGCCCGCCGGGCUCGCUGCUACUGCGACUCGUACUGCCAGAGGACGGGGGACUGCUGCCAGGACUACCACGCCACUUGCCGCCGCGCCGCCGUGGGCUGCUCGGUGGGGCCCUGGGGGCCAUGGAGCGGGUGCAGCUCCCCGUGUGGGGUCGGCAGCAGGGCCCGCAGCCGCCAGGUCACCGUCCCGCCCCGGCACGGAGGGGAGCCCUGUCCUGACCUCAAGCAGCGCCGCGGCUGCCUGGGGAACCCGACCUGCGGGACGGCCAAAGAGGUAGCCAAGAUACUCCCCAAGUCCUUCAGCUGGGACUUCAGGGAUCCCUGGCGAAGAGCUGGGCUGCCACUGCCGGAGGAGCCCUCUGGCUCCCCCCUCCCCAGCUACUGCGGCUAUUUCCGCCUGACGCAGGUAGGACCCCCCUGCCGUGGGCAAGGCUGGAGCCGCCGGCUGCACCGGGACAAGCGGGUGUGCGUGGAAUGCUGGGGGGGCCUGUCCCACCACCAUCCCCACUGCACUGGACAUGGGCUGCAAGGAGCCAGGACAUUUUGGGUGGCUGCCUCUGUGGUGGGGUGUCAGGGCUCGUGGGUGCAGGAGGGGCUGCAGGAGGAUUGUGUCUGCUCCCCACCCGCUCUCAUCUUCGUGUAGGAUCUCCCUGGGAAGGUUUGCUGCUCACCCUUGGAUCCGACUCCCUGUGUUUACCAUUAAAUAUUUUGUUGAAGAAUGGGAAGAAAAUCCUUCUUAUAAAGAUUAAAAAUAAGGGAA